AUGGGGAGGGUGAAGCUCAAGAUUAAGAAAUUGGAGAACAGCAGCGGCCGGCAAGUGACGUAUUCGAAGCGGCGGUCAGGGAUCCUCAAGAAGGCCAAGGAGUUAUCCAUACUCUGCGACAUUGAUCUCAUCCUCCUCAUGUUCUCUCCCGCCGGAAAGCCGACCAUAUGCGUCGGCGACAAAAGCCCCAUAGACGAAGUCAUUGGAAAGUAUGCACAACAAACUCCUCAGGAAAGGGCUAAAAGGAAGCUGGAGAGCUUAGAAGCCCUAAAAAAGACAUUCAAGAAGCUAGACCAUGAUGUCAACAUUCAGGACUUCUUAGGCUCCGGGGGUCAGACGGUCGAGGAACUAUCGAGUCAUCUUGGUGCUUUGCAAUGUCAAAUGGCAGAUGUUCAAAAGCGUCUCAGUUAUUGGAGCGAUCCUGAGAAGGUUGACAAUAUCGACCAUAUAAGAGCAAUGGAGCAAUCUCUCAAAGAAUCUCUUAAUCGCAUCGGAAUUCAUAAGGAAAACUUCACGAAGCAGCAUCUGAUGGGCCUACAGUGUGCUGCAGCUCAGUUCCAGAACGACAUGCAGCUCCCUCUGGGCCUGACCGGUGACCCGAACGCUUCGUCAUGGUUCCACAAUGGCGGCGGUGGCGAUGGGCAGCAACCUAUGAUGCUAACUGAAGACCCCAGCUUGAUCCAUCAUAGGGACAUCGGAUGCUCGACGAGCACGUCGCUGCAGAGUUACCCGGGCUACUUCAGCAUGAGCAAGCAGUCGACUGACACGAACGGCGGGGAGCAGCAUCACCAGCAGGCGUCGGCGGCGGUGCAGCAGCAGCCAGAGUUCAGCCAGGGCGAGUGCCCGACGUCUCUGCACCUGGGCGCGCAGUUCCCGUACCAGUCCGCCUUCGAUCACACCAGCCUGCUCAACGAGAGGCUCUUCCGGCCGGACAUGGAGCUGCACGUCGACAAUGCGGCGGCCAUGGACUUCGUCGGCGGCCACUACGACAUGCCGAGGCCCGGCGACGAGGCCAGCUUCCAGAACUGGGCGUCGGCGGCAUGCGGCGCCACCAUGUACGACCACCAGCAGCAGCCGCCGUCCGCCCAACUUAUUGUUCAGAACAUGACUGAAUCCCUGACCGUCGGCUCCCUGCAGCAGCAACUCUGA